AUGCUUUACGCAGCUCUAAAACUACCCAAUCAUACAUUAGAAGCACUAAAAUCUGGAUCAUCAACUUCUACAAAGCGACAACAAAAUACCAAAGAUCCUAUUAGUCAAACCUUUAGAAGUGUAAGCAAAAUACUAUCUACUAACAAAAAUAACACCACGAAUAAAAAUGUUAUUGAUGUCGAAAAAGAUAUUGAUGAUAUUCAAAAUGAAACUGCUGAAACUUCGUCAAGAUCUUCAUUGAAUGAAAUUUCUACAAAUAUAUUAGAAGAUCCUUUUACUAAUACAGAAUGCGAAAUAACUAAUAAAAUAUUAGAGCAGAAUAUUUUAAUUAUGGAAAAGCAGAAAACAUUGGAAACUACACUUACUCAACUCACUAAUAAUGUCAAGACUUUAGAAUCAUCAUAUGAAAAUUUAAAGUCAAAGACUAAAGAAAAGGAAUACGACUA